ACUGACUAGGGGUGUGGCGCCCCAAAACACGGAAUCCACCCGCGACAACGGAUAACGCUGUCCUCCUUCGGCUCCUCCCCUCUCGUUCCUCUCCUCUCCCCUCCAAUGGCGACCGCCAUUUCCUCUCUAGUAACUCCUCCAGCCCUCCACCGCCGCUGCCUAAGCCCUGCCUCCGUCUCCGUCUCCGCCCCUAUCCGUAUCUCCUUCCGGGCCGCCGCGGCGUCUCAGGCGUGGCGCCGGGGCUUGGCGCUGCGGGUGUCAGCCUCCUCGGCGGUGCUCGAGGCGCCAGAGGUGGUGGCGGCGCGGAAGCUCUACGUUGGAAAUGUCCCCAGGACCGUCACCAAUGACGAGCUCCGCGACAUGUUCGCCGCGCACGGCACCGUUGAGCGGGCCGAGGUUAUGUACGACAAGUAUACCAAUCGCAGCCGACGGUUUGGGUUUGUCACGAUGAGCACUGUGGAAGAGGCCAAUGCUGCAGUAGAGGCUCUCAAUGGGACUGAGGUUGGUGGUAGAAAAAUUAAAGUGAAUGUCACAGAGAGCUUCUUACCGAACAUUGACCGAUCAGCACCUGAAUCGGAACCUGUAUUUGUGGAUAGUCAGUACAAGGUUUAUGUUGGUAAUCUUGCGAAGAAUGUAACAACGGAAGUUCUUAAAAACUUCUUCUCUGAAAAGGGGAAGAUCCUCAGUGCAACAGUCUCCCACAUUCCGGGGACCUCGAAGUCAAAGGGGUAUGGCUUUGUCACAUUCUCUUCUGAGGAAGAAGUUGAAGCUGCUGUUGCUACUUUCAAUAACGCGGAAUUGGAAGGACAACCCAUCCGUGUGAAUAGAGCUUAGAUUAUCAGAAAUUUGCAGGAGCACUGAAGGAGGGGGAGUAUCUUGGCGAAUGCAUGUAGUACGAGGGAUACUUAGAGGCUAGAUUUUGAUAACAAAGUGAUCAAUUCGAUAUGUCAAACAAUUUUUGUACCAUAACAGUGUAUGAGAAGGAUUUUGCUUGUUCAUAUGAUUACAUUUUUCUUAACGGCACUUAUAUAUGAUAACACAACAGCAGCAUGGUUUCGUUUCAGUUAUAUACCAUGUUUGUUUACUUGAA